GUGCUGCCGCCGACGCCCCUGCCAUUUCCGGCAACUCACGAAAACGUGUCUGCUUACCGACUGACCGAUUGUGAGUUACAAAGUUGACCGUGUUUCCGUGAAAGUUAGGAAUUUGUGGGGCAAGAUGAGCUCCGACGAAAUGCCCAAGUUCAAUUCCCCCGUCAUCCAGGACAACCCCACCGGCUGGGGUCCUUGCGAGAUGCCUGACCAGUUCAGGAACAUGCCCUAUCAGCCUUUUUCCAAGGGUGACCGGUUGGGAAAGAUUUCUGACUGGACUGGUGCCGCAUUCCAAGACAAAAAGUACACAAACAAGUAUGCCUCGCAGUUUGGUGCAGGGAGUCAAUACGCGUAUUAUCAUGAGGAAGACGAGAGUACUUUUCAUUUGGUGGACACCGCGCGGGUGCAGAAACCUCCUUACCAGAGGGGCAGGUUCCGGCAGAUGAGAGGAAUGCGCGGACGGGCGCAACAGCAGCGGCAGCAGUCCCAAAUGCAAUCUCUUCGCGGCGGCGCCAAGCUUAGGGACAGGGAACGUCAACGACAGACAAAUAAGAACAAGGGCUGGCAGCGCCACAUGGGCAACAGAAACAUGAAAAACAUGCCUCCUGUCAAGAAUAGGGAUGCGUCAGUUACGGUGAAGCCUGAUUGGAUCACCAUUGAAGAGAUGGACUUCCCACGGCUCGCCAAACUGUCUCUUCCCAAUAUCGAGGAUGGAGACGACAUUAAAUGCUGUGGUCAGCUGGAGUUCUAUGACAAGACUUACGACCGCGUCAACUGCAAAAAUGAAAAGCCGCUGCAGCGAGUCAAUCGCAUUUUCCAUACUGUCACCACUACUGAUGACCCUGUCAUCAGAAAGUUGUCCAAGACUGAGGGCAAUGUGUACGCCACCGACGCGAUUCUUGCGACCCUGAUGUGUUGCACCCGUUCCAAUUACUCGUGGGACAUCGUCAUUGACAAAAUCGGAGACAAGUUAUUCUUUGACAAGCGCGACAACACCGAGUUUGAUCUUCUGACUGUGAACGAAACCUCCGUGGAGCCGCCGGUGGAGGACAGCAGUGUGGCUAACUCGCCCAACUCUCCGAGGAAUCUCGCCCUUGAAGCCACCAUGAUCAACCACAAUUUCUCGCAGCAGGUUUUGAAAACGGGCGAAGCUCCGUUCAAGUUUGACGAGCCGAAUCCGUUCGUGAGCGAAGAGGAGAAUGUGCAAGUGGCGUCAGUGGCGUACCGCUACCGCAAGUGGGACCUGGACAACGGCGUUGUUUUGGUCUGCAGAUGCGAGCACGACGCUGUCAUGACCGGACCCAAUGGCGAGAACCAGUACCUCAGCAUCAAAGCGCUGAAUGAGUGGGACUCCAAGCUUUCUGGAAACGUGGAGUGGCGUCAGAAGCUGGACAUCCAGAGAGGUGCUGUCCUUGCCAAUGAGCUGCGCAACAACGCUUGCAAGCUGGCCAAAUGGACCGUGCAGGCCCUCUUGGCCGGAUCCGACCAAAUUAAGUUUGGAUACGUGUCAAGGGCUCAUGUGCGUGAUGCUUCAAAGCACGUAAUUCUCGGCACUCAGCAGUACAAGCCGACCGAGUUUGCCACCCAAAUCAACCUGAACAUGGACAACGCUUGGGGCAUCCUCCGCUGCAUCAUCGACAUUUGCAAGGCGCAACCUGAUGGCAAAUACCUCAUCAUGAAGGACCCCAACAAGCCCAUGAUUCGGCUCUACAGCGUGCCAGACAAUGCAUUUGAGUCUGAGAAUGAAGAUUUGGACGAAGAUGAUGGAGUUUUGAGAGAAAGUGAAGCUUUUCAGCCCCUUUAACAACUUGACUUGAGAGUAAACUUUUGUAAGUUAGACUAACUUCAUGGAAUGACAAGGACUAUCAGUAGAACCUUUAUUUUAUUAGUGCAUGAUUCCUCAUUAGAUCAUUUUUGGUACACAUCACGAUUCACAGCCUUCCAGCAAGGCUGCGUGCAUGAUUUAUUUUAAUUUACUUCACAUAGAUAGCGUCAUCUGUAUCUGUACACUGUGCAUUUAUGAACUGAGCAUUUCCACGUGAGAUUUGACGGGUUGGAAAUUUAUUCUGAACGUUCUAAAUGAGUAGUGAAAAAAUUCGGUGGCUUUUUUUAAUAUGAGUGUGCAAACUGAAAAGAGCAACUUAAUUUGAGUGCAAGUUGAGAUAUCAACGUGAAACGUUCACCCUCCACCCUAACUUUUCAUGUUGAAGAACCAACUAAAACCUUUCAAGGUCAUCUUUUUCAAAAUCCGAGUUGCUGGGCCAAAAAUGUGUCCUGUGAAAUUCACCAAGUUCCGUUGGUUCACUUCCGUUUAGAAAUAUGGCUUUGAGCGUAAACUUUGUUCCUGAAAGUACGCUUAAUGUCGAUGAAUUUGAUUUAUUUUUGUUUGAUUUACUAUGGCACAUCAACAAGACCUAAAUGACACCUGUUAAGUUCAGGCAAACCCUUCAGGGCUUGACCCUGACGACCCUCAGGUUCAAAAUAUCUAUUUUUUCCCAAUUUAACAAAAUCAUUAACAUUUUUAACCCCAAUUUAGUGAAUUAAAAUCAUUUCAACAAAUUACGUUCCCACUCAAUGGCUUCAAAUGUCAUUUUUUUCCAAACUGCAGUAUUUUUUAUAUCACGUGGAAUUGCUCCCACAUGUUCUUAUUGUU